ACGUACGAGUCGGUGGUGCUCGUGGUGCUCGCGGUCCACGCGGAUCUCUAGACUCCGGCCCCUAGAGUUUUCACUUGCGUGUGCUUCGCACGAUCGCGAUCGUCGUUGGUAUUCCCACAGCGGUGGGCCAUCGGUGCGCUACAGCGCAGGCGAUUUCACGGUUUAACAAGGGUGCCAUAAGGACGUGCCGUUUCGACCUCUAGCUCUAGGCGUUCUCUUCGUUUCUGUCCAGAGGGAAGAAAUACCACCACCACCACCACCAUGGCGUUCGCGGGGUUGAAGAAACAGAUUAACAAAGCCAAUCAGUACAUGACAGAGAAGAUGGGCGGGGCGGAAGGAACCAAGCUCGACGUCGACUUUAUGGAUAUGGAGAGGAAAAUGGACGUCACGUACGAGCUGGUGGAGGAGCUACAAAUGAAAACGAAAGAGUUCCUCCAGCCAAAUCCAACGGCAAGGGCGAAGAUGGCGGCGGUCAAGGGCAUCAGCAAGCUCAGCGGUCAGGCAAAAGCCUCGACUUACCCACAGCCAGAAGGUGUACUCGGCGAUUGUAUGCUUUCUUAUGGAAAGAAAUUAGGGGAGGAUAGUAUUUUUGCUCAGGCUCUCAUUGAAAUGGGCGAGGCGAUGAAGCAGAUGGCGGACGUGAAAUAUUCUCUGGACGACAACAUUAAACAGAACUUCCUGGAGCCUCUGCACCAUUUGCAGACCAAAGACCUGAAAGAAGUGAUGCAUCACCGGAAAAAACUUCAGGGACGAAGGCUGGACUUCGAUUGCAAGCGAAGACGUCAAGCGAAAGCUACUGGAAAAAGAUCUGCCAGUCCUCAUUUCGGAAGUCCAGCGAAGACUUCGUCACCGUAUACCGGUUCUCACGUUUCAGACGACGAAAUUCGUCAAGCUGAGGAGAAAUUCGCUGAAAGUCUCCAUUUGGCCCAAGUGGGCAUGUUCAACCUUUUGGAGAACGAUGUAGAACAAGUGGCACAGUUGGCGACAUUCAGUGAAGCUCUUCUGGAGUACCAUCAGCAGUGUACCGACAUUCUGAGAACACUAACAGAAACACUCUUGGAGAAGAAAGACGAAGCGGCAAACAAACCAAAAAUGGAAUUUGUGCCGAAGACACUGGCUGAUUUACACGUUGAUGCAUUACCUACAUCGGAUGCUAUGAACGGUGGGAACUUCUCACUCCACGGGGCAAGUCGAGCCGGGUCUCCGAUUCAUGUGGACGGGAAGCGCUCGCAGCUCGAGCUAUUUCCAGCCGGAAACCCGCCACAAUCUGCCAAUGGGCAAGAAACUUCUCCCCUGCCAUCUCCGAGUAAAUCGCCAGCCAGGACUCCGAUGACAAGACAACCUUGCUGCACAGCUUUAUACGAUUUUGAGGCAGAAAAUCCUGGAGAACUUGGCUUCAAAGAGAACGAUACGAUCACUUUGACCAAGAAGAUCGACGAGAAUUGGUUCGAGGGUAGUUUGAACGGUCGCACGGGUUAUUUCCCAGUAACUUACGUGCAAGUCGUAGUGCCAUUACCUUAAGAAGACGCGGUGCGUCUCGAAACCAAAGACCCUGCAUUCGUUCACCAGCGUUUACCAUGAGAAUUAUCUUAUGCUCCGAUUAGCCUAAAAGUCUCUCUUUCAAGAUUACUCUCUAUUGAAAUCACUUACGUUGUGGUUCCCGCUUGUUCGAAACGGAUGGAUCCUCGAGUUUUACUCUAUUCACUUGUUUUAUUUCUUUCCUCUUGUCCCCAAGAAUAGCUCUAUACGCAUGUUAAUGUACAUAUAUAAUGUUAUAGUGUCUUUUAUCGACGUAAGGACCUUCGCGCGCGCAGAUACAUAUAUAUAUUACACACGACUUACAUUACUACGAUUAAGUAUGAACACAUGGAUACACAUACACGAAAUACACAUGUACACACACAUUAUACAUUGUGAAGUACCUACGAUGGCAGUCCACUGUCAAAGGCGGCUCUUUUCUCACUUUCUAACAUCAUUUCAUGUGUCAUCUGUGUAACAUCGUCCGUUAGUUUCUCACCAAAGUUUAAUUGCACAAAGACGUCAGAGCGCCAAGACUGCAUUGAAAUUUUUGAAGAAGGUUCGAAAUACUCUUUACCUCAAGUAUUUUUCAUUCAUUCGAUCGGCAAUCAUAUACUUAUUUCGUAUGUGAUUGACAUAAAAAAAUUGCAUCGUUUGUUAAGUAAAAAUAAUCAAUCUGCUCGAAAUCUAGUUUUUAUUUUUCGUUACUCAUUUAACUAUUCGAAACGUUCGAUACAGUGAUCGUUCAAUGCUCAUUUUCUCAUAUUGUACAUUCGCUUUGUUAUUUGUUUAUCAUGUUUUCAAGCGCACUAUUCCUAAUACAAAGGAGAGAGAGAGAGAUCUUCAUCAAAAUCAUGUCAUCCAUUUUGCGUUGGUCCGCACGGCGCAGCAAAAAGGAAAUCAUAUAACUCGUAUUAUUAAUAUGUAUUCGUACGUUGUAUAGUAAUUCGUUUCCAUUCCCUUGUCGUUUUUCGACGUUUAUCUCGUAUCGUUUAUUGUCCUUUUUAAUCAUUUAGAUAACACUGAAUAGAGAAUUAGGAUUUAGUUUAAGUGAUCUUCAAAAUGGCGGCGAACCUCUUCCACGAAGUCGUCGAUUAAUAAGGUAGAGAUGAUCCCAUUCGUGUUUUCCAUUGUGACUACUUCGUGUCGUUAAGGAGAGCAUUAACACAAAUACGAUUAACAAAUAUGUAUCUCCGUCAAUCAAUGCUCUUAGUUAAUUUAAUAAUCAUUAAUAUUUCAUCCCCUUUCGCGUUAACGUCAUUGUAGACUUUUAAUAUUUCUUUCUUUUAGGACUUUUAGAUUUUGUUAAGUGUAACUUCCUAAUGAAUGAACUCAAAUUGUUGUUAAAACGUGAAAUUUUCGAAGAAAAAUAGACUUCAAUCUAGAAAUCCAAGUACUUAUUAAUUGUCUUCGCGAUUAGGUAUUUUGAUUUCCACCCUUCCUGGACUUUGUAUGAGAGUUCAACCGCCAGAACAAUGAAAGUAAUUAAGGAACUUGGUUAUUUGU